CUCGGCGCGCCGCCCAACCCGCUUUCCCGGAAGGGCGGGCGCGCUGGGCUCGCCGCGCUGCCUUCCACCGGCGAGGCGGGUAAUCAUGGCAGCUGAUGAAGAUAACAAAAAAGUUCUUAAGGAGCCUUGGUCAGAUGAAGGAUUUAUGAAAGAUGAACAAAGAGAGAGAUUAAUUGAUGAAAUUGCAAAGGAAAAUAUUCAGUUAAAGGAGGAGAUCCAAAGGCUUGAAGCUGAGUUACAAGAGGCCACCAUAAACUCCCAGAUUAAAGAGAAUAUUCCUGAAACAAAGGUGAAAUUCACAUCUUUAGAGAAUCCUGAGAAUGACAGCCAGUUUUUAAAUAUCUCCUGUUCAUUUCAAGUGAGCUCGCAAGUUCCUUAUGAGCUACAGAAAGGACAAGCUCUUAUCACCUUUGAAAAAGAAGAAGUUGCCCAAAACAUCAUCAGGAUGGGGAAGCAUUAUGUGAAGAUAAAGGAUGUAGAUGUGGAGGUUUUGGCCAAGCCAGUUCCAUUAAAUUCAGGAGUCAGAUUCCAGGUUCAUGAAGAAUACUCUACAGUGAAGAUCAAUGUUACUGACAUUCCUGAUGGAUUGCCUGAAGAUCAGAUGAGGGACAAGCUAGAACUGAGCUUUUCUAAGUCCAUAAACGGAGGCGGGGAAGUGCGAUGCGUGCAGUAUGAUAAGCAGUCCCGGAGUGCUGUGAUCACAUUUGUGGAAACUGGAGUUGCUGACAAGAUUUUGAAAAAGAAAGACUAUCCGCUUUAUAUAAAUCAAAACUGCUAUAGAGUUACUGUUUCUCCAUACACAGAAACACACUUGAAAAAUUUUCAGGUAUUUUCGGGAAUAUCGGAGAGGACAGUGCUUCUGACUGGAAUGGAAGAUCUUCAGAUGAUGGAUGAAGAACUUUUACAGGAUUUAGUUAACAUUCACUUUCAACGGAAGGCGAACGGAGGUGGAGAGGUGGAAGUGGUCAAAUGUUCUCUAGGUCAACCUUACAUCACGUACUUUGAAGAAGAGAGGAAUGGAAUGGUCUGAAUAUUAGAGCCUCUGAGCCCAAAUCACUGUCAGUUUGACAAAAAUGACAAGGCCAAGAGGAGAGCAUUGGAGACUCUUGUGCUGCCAAUGAAGUACCUUCACCAAAUACGAGACAUGUCAGUUCUCUU